AUGGAAUAAAUGAGCAAGUACACACUUAAAUUUAAAAUAAAAGAAAUUGAAGAAAAAUACUAGGCAUAGUCAUAUUAAAAGCAUCUAAAGCCAUUGUUUUAUGGUUUGUUGAUUAUGGCAUUGUCAUUGAACAUUCUUCAACUAGUCAUUAUUUUAGUGAAGGGUAAAAUAACAAUCUCGUAUAUUAAUAUGGGUUUUAUUGCAAUUUGUGUAGUUGGUUUAUAUAUAAUGUACAAAAAAGAAGGUUUGACAGCAAAGAUUGCGACUAUUACAAAUGCAUAUUCUUUGUCUUUAUAAUUCAAUUUUAAUCCUGAUAAUACAGAGGAUUAGGAAUACUUUUUAUAUGGUUGUAAUUUCUCAUUGAUUUAAGCAGUAAUAUACUUUGCUACUGACUUUAAUUUAAGUUGUCCCUCUCUCUUAAUGCAUAUUAUUUUUAGAUAGACAUCAACUAUUUUAUUAUCUAAUAAAGUAGAUAUUUAGUGUUUAGCACUUUCUGUUGCUACUGCAAUAUUAACUACAUUUGUUUUAUACAUAUGUAAUAGAGCAUAAAGAAUAUAAUUUUUAAUGAGUUAUUAAUAAGAUACUAUUAAUAAUCAGUUGCAUAAAUUAAUAAAUAAACCUUUCACAAAGAUAUAAUAUAAUGAAAAAAAAUUGUUUAUGGAUGUUUAGACAACUGCAAUUUAAGAAUAAUUCUAGAAUUAUAGAAAUGAUUUAUGUUCUGGAUGUAAUAUUAGAAGUUUUAUUCGAAAUUGUGUAAUUAACAACAUGUCUUUAGAAUAAGCAGUAAUAAAGGGUCAAGUUAAAUAUGAUGAAGAAUUUGAGGUAAAAUUAUUAAGAAAAAAGAUAAAGUUACGGUUAUGCUAAUAUAACAUUGAUAAUAGUAUAAUUGUAAUUUAAGAAAGUGUUUAAUUAGAUCCAAUUGAAUAUAAUAAGAUUUCACAUAAUUUAUAAAAAUCUCUUUUAAAAUAAUUUAAUACAAUUAGAAAGACACCAUUAAAUUAAUAAUUUUAGUUUGGAACUUUAUCAAUUUUAAUGUUAAGAUAAUUCAAAAUCAAAACAAUAAAUAUGAGGAAAUUGAUUAAAAAUUUAAUGUCCAUUUAUUUAACAUCUAAAAAAGCAAAAUUAAAUUUUUAUGGUAAUCAUACUAAAAAAUUAAGAACUUAUGGAUAUAUAAUUAAAAUAUUCUUAAUAUAAGUUUUUUCUAUUUUACAAGAUUUAGAAUGCUAAUAAAAUUAUUUAGAAGAAAUUAAUAUAAAGAAUUUAGAAACACAUCUCUAAGUUAAAAUAACUUUAAUGGAUUAAUUUUCUUUUUAUCCACUUUACUUGAGAAAUUAUUUUAUUGAAUAAACUGCUCCAUAUUUACUAUUAAAUCCAUUAGGUUACAAUUUGGAGUUUUAAUUUAGUAAGAUAUUGCCUUUUAGCGAUAUUAAUCUAGAAUAUUGA